ACUCUGAGGCCGCGUCCGUGGACCACGCUUUCUCGAUCCAUGAUGGAUGGUGAUCUGACUUCGUUCAAAGGAAGGCGAAAGGCUAGGUUUCCCCAAACAUUACACGUUGCAUAGCUCAUCGUUGCAUUCAGAGGUUGUCAUACCGGUAGCUGCUGUCAUACUUUUCUCUGUUACAAAAGCAAAGGAAUAGCCUUGAAAAUGAGGUCGUUUCUGCUGAGCUGUAUGCUCUUGGCUGCGGGGUUCUCCUCUGUUGUGGGAGGAACACCCUUUUCCAGAGGACUUGGUGCGUCCAAUUCCCUUUUUGGGAUUCCCCGAGGAGGUGGACUGUUUGGAGGAAAAGAUCAAGAGAAGGAAGCCGUGGCUGCUGAUGGCGACAGGCAAAAAUUCCCUGCCAUGACGCAGGGUGAAAUCGAAGAUUGGCUCGAACACAUUCCUGUCUUUGCUGUGACGGAUUCUCAAGGAUCUGGAGUUGUUCUCAAACCCGACAACGACACAAGUGUCUUCUACUUCUUCCUUUCCCCCAUGCAGGCGAAUGCUACCCUGCAGCAGUUGAAGGGAACCAACUCGGAUAUGGACUUGAAGGUCUCUGCAUUUUCUCUUGGCAAAAUCUGGUUUGGCUUGUUGCAAUCUGGAGCGGAUAAGGAAGUGACUCUUAAGGCACCUGGAGAUAGCGAAGGCACAACUGCAACAGGAGUGGAAUACCGUUUGGUGCCCGAUUCCAGAGAUCUGCUAGGAGCACGCAUGCUUUUGACAAUGAAGCCCGAAGAUGGCGAAAAACUGAAGGAUGAAGGCAUGACGCCAGAAAUUGCCCAGGAGACCCUUCAGAGGGCUAUGCAAGAGGCACCCAAAUUCAACUCGUCGUACAAUGAAAUCCCCGUUUUCACAAUUGCUCAAAUGCGCAUGCAAAAGAAACCCGAGGAUGGCGAUGAAGGUGAAGCCAUCACAAUGCUCCCCAUGUACUUUAGUCUGCAAAACAUGGUCGGAACUUGGCAACAAUUCAUGUCCACAGCGUCACCCGAACUGCAGGGCGUAGAACCUGCCAUCAAUCUCAUGUCGCUCCAUGAGUUGGUCGACCUGAUGCAGCAGGAGUCGGAGGUCGACUGGCGCAACGUGGUGUUGGUUCCAGGAAUGCCCAAUGGACAAGGAGGUGGCCCAGGUGAACCUGUUGCACCCCAGCCUACAGGAGGUGGCAUGGCUUCCAUGGGUGGUGCUACUUUGGAUGACGUGAGCUAAUCGGCAUUCUACUACCAGGUAUAGACCUUCAUUUUCAUGCGUAAAGCAAUGUAAACAAACCUAGAUGCUUCUUCGGAAUAUUAGUAGAGCUUCGUCACUGCCACGACAACUGGAGUGUGAAUGGGUGCUUCGACUGCGCAUCAUUAUGAUCCCAACUA